CAAAAUCAAAUAUAUAUACAUAUACAAACUUUCAAGUUCAUAUAUAUAACUGUAACUGUUAAAUUAUAUACGUAUAUAUUUACAUUACUACAAAGAUCGAAACUUAUAGAAGAAAAAGAAAAAGAAAGAAAAUGGCCGAUUUACUUGACGAGCACGGCAACCCAAUACUCCUCACCGACGAACAAGGCAACCCUGUUCGUUUAACAGACGAGCACGGCAAUCCUGUCCACCUCACCGGCGUUGCAACAUCACGCGCCGCCGCCACCGAAGUUGGUACUGGAAAAGGCACACACUCAACUGGUCCGUGGAAUCCACGCGCCACCACAGGUUACCAGGCCACGAAAACCGAUACUUCGUGGCCACAAGCCACCGCCGGGAUGGAACACCUGGCGAACGACCCGUGGAGCGGAACGGGUGGAACGGGUACCGGCACUAUUGGGACGACAACGACGACGGGACACCUCGGAACGGAGCCGUGGCCCCACACCGCUACCGGUGGGACCGGACACCAUAUGGAACACCACAAAGGAGGAAUGGGACUGCAUGAUGGCGGUACUGGAAUGGAACAACACGCGCCCCUUGGUAGAGUGGGAAUGCAAUGUUCAGAACACCACGCACCUUUUAAAAGUAGUGAUGCGUGGGUUCACGGAGCCAAUCCCGCGGGAGCUACUGACACCCGCGGGGCUGGCUUUCAGCCCUCGAAAGUUGAUUCGGAGCGGCCAAAGGGCGAAACUACCACCGGCAUACGCCGCUCCGGCAGCUCAAGUUCUAGCUCGUCAGAGGAUGAUGGAGCUGGAGGGAGAAGGAAGAAGAAGGGUUUAGGAACAAAAAUAAAAGAGAAACUUACUGGAAAACACAAGGACGAACCAACUGCUACUACUCAUGAUCCUACUCCUCUUCACGAGAAGAAAACUGUUAUGGAAAAGAUCAAGGAAAAGCUACCUGGCCACCAUUCUCAUCCCCAGCAAAAUUAAUUAAUUAAUAGUUUAUUACUAUCUAUAUAUAUGAUCAUUAAGUUAAAUGUAUUUGCUUUUUAUUUUAUAAUAAUUAUUAGUCUUAAGCUUAUAGUACUAUAUGAUGUGAAAAAUGUCAUCAUUGUUUUAUGUUUUGUUUAUUUUGUCGGUUCGGAUUUUUUGUUUUUUUUUUUGGUGUUAUUUUGUAGUAUGAACUAAUAAUUAAUAUAUAUGUUAUAAUAAAAAUGUAUUAGUUUGUUUUUGAAA